AGCCUCUGUGCCAUCGAGUGACAGAAGGUGAAGAAGAAGAAUAGGAGGACUCAAGUUUCCGGCUUCGACACUGACGCCAGGUACCGACGGAGGAGUCGCAUUCUCGUGCCCAGCACCGACACCGACAGCACAGCGCCGUCCGUCGUUCGAGCCCGCGGGAAUCUGCGUCGUGUCCGCGGACAUAUAAACAGAAAAGUCCGCCCCGUGCCUCGGUCUCUGUCGCAGCUGAGAAGGAAACACGACAGAAGUUUGUCCCCACUCGGAUCGAGCGUCCCCCACCCCCCCCCCUCUUCACGACGAGGAGGCACGAUGAGUAACCGGGAGGACGAGUACGACUAUCUGUUCAAAGUGGUGCUGAUUGGAGAUUCCGGUGUAGGGAAGAGUAACCUGCUGUCCCGCUUCACCAGGAAUGAGUUCAGCCUGGAGAGCAAGAGCACCAUCGGGGUGGAGUUUGCCACACGCAGCAUCCAGGUAGAAGGCAAGACCAUCAAGGCUCAGAUCUGGGACACCGCUGGACAGGAGCGCUACCGAGCUAUCACGUCUGCGUACUACCGUGGAGCAGUUGGAGCGCUCUUGGUUUACGACAUCGCCAAGCACCUGACGUAUGAAAAUGCUGAGCGCUGGCUGAAGGAGCUGCAGGACCACGCAGACAGCAACAUAGUCAUCAUGUUGGUGGGGAACAAAAGUGAUCUACGCCACCUCAGGGCGGUGCCCACUGAUGAAGCCAAGUCCCUGGCAGAGAAGCAUGGCUUGUCUUUCUUGGAGACGUCAGCGUUAGACUCAUCCAAUGUGGAGCUGGCUUUCCAAACCAUUCUCACAGCCAUCUACAACAUUGUGUCACAGAGGCAAAUGUCAGGGCGAAGCGACACAGACUUUUCACCGGCCUCCAACGUAGUGCCCAUCACGGUCGAGCCCACCCAGAACUCCAGCAGUAAGGGCGUCUGCUGCCAGUCCAACUAAGACCCCAUCACUGACCACCUCCUUCACCUCCAGGCAAAUGGAGAAAACGGACAGAUAGACAAACAGUCGCAGGCAGAGGGGGAAUGGAGAGACAGGUAGAAAUGACCGUUUCACAGAGGGACACUGUGGUUGAUUUGUCUAUAGUCUGGUUAAGAAAAAUAAAAUAAAAAACAGUAAGAAGAGAGGGACCAGUGAAGGAGGGAUAGUAAAGUGGAUUAAAUAAGGAGGCAGGGGGUGUGUGGUGGUUGAAAGAGGUACAUGAUUCGCAUUGAUUGAAAAUCCAAUUAAAAAACAUGUAACUCAUUAUAAGGUACCUUUCUGUAUCUCAUCACAGUUUCUAUCUUUGUAAACUGUCCUCCCUUUGAAAGCUCUACUUUACAAGCCAGUAAAUGUUUUCCCUCUACCAGGAUAUUGGGCAAUAAAAUUCCACCUCUAGUAGACUGAACUGCAAACCGCUCUGUCGCCGCCGUCAUUCCCGUUUACUCACCAUGUAAUAAUAUUUAGACAUUAAUGUCCCAGAUGAUAUUUAUUGAACACUAGUUUAAGGCUUUGUUUGGCCAAAAGGGUUUGUAAUGUAAUACAGGUUGGUUUAGAUUUUCCUUCACUUUCCCUCACAGCAAAGUGAGCUCUCUUGCUUUUUGGUGCAGAUGCUUGUAAGGGCAACUGUCCCUCGCUAAUGGAGGGACAAGGGCUUCUAUUGAUUUUUAUUUUUUAUCUUUUAAAUAAAUGCACUGGCCGGAAAUCGGUGGAAGGUGGUUGGUCCGGGACGUUUUCCACCAGGUCCCUGAGAGCAAUAACAUGGCUCCCCAGCAGUGACACAGGGUUUCUCUGUUGAUUUGCUCCUGAUCUUUCUUUGAAAGGCUCCCCUGCUGUCUGCACUGCUUUCUGAGUCAUGCUCCUGGAAGCUUUGUACAGCAUUAACUCUAAAUGAGAUUGGGUGACGGCAUCACGAGAGGGUAUGUUAACUGCCUUGAGUGUUGAUGGCCGUUCGACCCCGGCUCAGAACCUUUUGGGUGCAGUGGGACAGAGAGCAGGGAGAUUGGUUUAAAUGCAUGGACAACCCUGUGCUGCCGCUCCUGCUGCUUGCUAGCUGGGACGGAUGGAUGGGUGGAGGGAUAAUGUUUCAGGGGAUGAGGUAGUGAGGGCACUCAGCCCUGCCCUGCUGCUGUGAUCCCUGAUGCACCAGAGAUGGCUUGUUUUACUGUAAGUGAAAUCCUCCACUGCCUGCUCACCUACUCCGCUCUCCUCCUGUCUCUGUCUACACUGUAUGUAACUGGAACAGGACUCUGCCUUCUGGGAUCUCCCUGACGCGUGCCCUCGCUCUCACUUGUCUUUAUUUCCUGCGUGUGGAGGGGCGGGGGUUGUGUUCAGGAGCCAGGAUUGGGUUUGUGGGGUUCUAAUAGUUUUAAUAAAGAUGAUAUUAUGUGGUAGCGUUAGGAGGGGUUUGAUUAAAUCCAAAAAGGUUAAGCACACAGACGGUGUUUAUCCUGCUGAUGUGUUUCCACAUCAACACUUGACUUCUAUCGACUUCACAGGUCUUGAACUGGGUGGUGUAGGUUAGGGCUUUUUAAACAUUUAUUCUAAUAUAUGUAUAUUUGGACUGCAUAUGUAAAAAUAAAUCUCAUUUGUUAUA